UCCAAUGCUUUUGCUGCGAGCAUACCUCCCGUCGGUAAUUCUUGCCUAGUUUCCCCCCUGGUACAUGCACUCGCCAUCGGCCUUCCUGGGGCCGCCCCGGAAUUGGAGGCAAAACUCAGCAGUGCAGUGCUCGGCUUCGGGUCAUCUCGCCGCGUUUCCGCCGUCACGGACGAACCUCGUUCGGAAUACAACCGGCUUGGCAUCCGGGGUGCAUGCAAGCAGGCAUGAUCAACAUGCAGCAUUAUUUUCACGACACUGAGUGCGGAGAUGGGCAGCAUCAUCCAAUAUAGGACGGCUGUCGUUCGAGCAGAUGAUUAUCUCACAGUCUUUACCCAGCCAGUGUGUGAGAUUCGUCGAAGGUAACGAAGAUGAUCCUUUUGGCGACCGCGAUGCUGCCACUGGCAGUAUCUGCUCUGAUAGACAGACAUGGAAUUCUUUCCCAGUUCAACGUCGUGCGGACCAGCCUCAUAGACAACACUACCACUCCUCUGCAAGUAGGAAAUGGAAACUUCGCAUUUAAUGUAGACAACACGGGAAUGCAGAGCUUCCUGCCUUUCAAUACUCUCUCGAGUUGGGGAUGGCACAACGACUCUCUGCCAAACAAUGGAGAGAAAUUGAGUGACUAUCACGGCCGACCUCUCGAGACCCACGGGCGAAAUGUGUCCUACGACUAUCCCGACCCCAACCUUCCGCUGGUCUCGCAGUGGCUGAUUGCCAAUCCCAACCGCAUCAAUCUUGGCCGCAUCGGCCUCAGAUACAAGAAUGCCAGCCUGUCGGCAUCACUGAUCACUGAGCCCACGCAGGAGCUCGAGUUGUGGAACGGGAUUAUCACGUCGUCAUUCCAGAUAGAUGGGACCGCCGUCAAGGUCAUCACCCAAGGCGAUUUCGAGUCAGACAGCGUGGCCUUCCAGAUCGAGUCGCCACUCCUGUCCUCGGGAGACCUGGAGGUUGAGCUUGACUUCCCAUACCCACCGGUCCACACGACGAAGUACAAGUAUGAGGUAUUCGUGGGAACCUAUGACUUCCCGCUGAACCAUUCGACAACACUUGAUCAGCCCGAGGGACCCGGUUCGGCCCACAUCUACCACGAGAUGCAAGAGACGAGCUACUUUGUCAACCUGCGCUGGCCCACAGACACCCCGUUGGGCUUGAAGAGGAAUGAGCCGCAGAACUCAUCCGCAAUCACAGCACACCGCUACACACUCUCACCCACGGCGACUUCGAACAGCUCAAGCUCGACAAUAUCGUUCACGGCGAAUUUCUCGCCCGACAGGCACGUCCCGGACCAGCCAUCAGAAAUCCAAGAGCGCAACCCCUCGGCAUGGAACGACUACUGGGAGGAGGGCGGCUUCAUCGACCUGACGGGGUCGACCAACCCGAACGCAACCGAGCUCCAGCGGCGGAUCGUGCUGUCCCAGUACCACGUCCGAGUCAACAGCGCCGCUGACGGGCAGUCCCCGCAGGAGUCGGGCCUGAUGAACAACGGGUGGUACGGCAAGUUCCACAUGGAAGUCGUGGUGCUGCACAACGCUCACUGGGUGACAUGGGGCCGCAAGAAGUACUUCGACAACAUCUUCCCGGCGCUGUACGAGGCCCUGCUCCCGUCGUCCCUGGCCCGGGCGAAGAGCAUGGGCUGGGAAGGGGCCAGGUGGCCCAAAAUGACUCAGCUCAGCACGGGGAGCAGCGCCCCCGGCGCCAUCAACGCCCUCCUCUUGUGGCAGCAGCCCCAUCCGAUGUACCUGGCGGAGCUCGCCUACAUAGCCGACCCGUCGGAGGAGACCCUGAGGCGCUGGGACAGCGUCCUGACGGCCUCUGCUGACUACAUGGCCUCGUAUGCAUGGUACAACCAGUCCACGGGGUAUUACGACCUCGGCCCGCCAUCCUACGGCGUGACGGAAAACACCCCGCCCCUCGAGACCCGCAACCUAGCCUACGAGCUCGCCUACUGGCAGUACGGCCUCGACCUCGCCGCAGCCUGGAAGCAGCGCCUCAACACCACGGCCCCGGAGCACUGGGCCACGGUGGCCACACAGCUGGCGCCGCUCCCCGUCGCGGCCGGCGACGGCCUCUACACGCCCUACGAGGGGCCCGACAGCACCUGGUGGGGCGACGCCGAGCUGAGCUCCGACCCGCGCAGCCUGGCCAUGCUGCGGGGGAUCCUCCCCGACACGCCGGCCGUGGACGAGGACGUCGCGAGGAGGACGGCCGACAAGGUCCACGAGGUGUGGGGGUCCGUCGACGAGAGGGUGUUUGGGUGGGGGCGGCCGGUGCUCGCCAUCAGCGCCGCGCGGCUCGGGGAGCGCGAGAGGGCGGUGGGGUACCUCACGGCGUUUGACUGGUGGGUGUUUGAUGAUGCCGGGUUUGCGGAGCGGGGGGGCAAUGGGGGCACGCCGCCGCCGUUUCUUGACGGGAACGCGUUCUUUCUUUAUGCUGUGGCGUACAUGGCUGCUGGGUGGCAGGGCUCGGAAGGGGACGCCCCUGGCUUUCCGAAGGAUGGCACCUGGUCGGUUGUGCAUGAGGGUCUGUUCAAGGCCCCGUGAGGCUUGCCGAUUGCACGCAUGCAUAUAUAUGGAGCACGGAGGCCACGGGGUAGGCACAAGCUAGCAACUAUGUCAAUUACGGCGACUGAUCUAGCCAUGCUAAGGGGGAAGUCAUGUUCCACCACGUCGGGUCUCGUAGAAUUAUGAACUUGUAG